AUGGCAUUCACAUUCGCUGCCUUCUGCUACAUGUUAUCCCUGGUCCUCUGUGCAGCUCUCAUCUUCUUCGCAAUCUGGCAUAUAAUUGCCUUUGAUGAAUUAAGGACAGACUUCAAAAGCCCAAUAGAUCAAUGUAAUCCAGGACAUGCGCGGGAACGGCUUAGAAAUAUUGAACGGAUUUGCUAUCUGCUCAGGAAGUUGGUACUACCAGAAUACUCAAUUCAUAGCCUUUUCUGCAUCAUGUUUCUAUGUGCUGAAGAGUGGUUAACUCUUGUGCUAAACACUCCUUUGCUUUUGUAUCACAUAUGGAGGUAUUUCCACUGCCCAGCUGAUAGUUCAGAAUUAGCGUAUGACCCACCUAUAGUAAUGAGUGCUGGAACUUUAAGUUACUGCCAGAAAGAAGCCUGGUGUAAAAUGGCUUUCUAUUUUCUUUCAUUUUUCUAUUAUCUUUACUGGAUUGUCAAAGAUUGGGCAGUCGACCUGCUGUCCCACUUUGCAGAUAUAAAUCCUAUUCUUCAAGGAAUGCCCUCACAGCACGGUCUGAAUCCAUCUAACAUCACCCAUGAUGUCCCCAUUCCUGCCCAUAACACACCCACAAUACUUGAGCCCUAA